AUGAGGAUGGCAAUGAUGAGUAAGUAGGAAUAAUUUGGUUUAACUAGGAUGGAUGACAUAUAACCUAUGAAAGAGUAGCUUGUAAAAUAUGGAUAAAUUUUCGAAGCUUUCUCCACAUCUUAAUAUAAAGUCAGAAUGCUAGUAAAAGACUAAGGGAUAGAGGGAAUACUGGUGAUUGAACCUAGAUAUUUAGGAUUCUAUCCUUAAGAAAAUAGUUAACUUAUGUAUGAAACUAGAAUAAUUUGGAGUGAUAUUGAUUGUGCAGAAACAAAAAUCUAGCCAAAUGAGAGAGGAAAUAGUCAUAUAAACUUAAUUGAUUUGCUUUUGUACAAAACUGGAAAGAAAAAAAUAGUUGCUACUUACUAAUCCAAAGAAAUUAGUCAUUAUAAAGAAUAAAAGCAACCUAUAGCUAGAAUUAAGUUUGAAAUAUUAAGUCGCUAACUUGGAUAAGUUAAUUUGAAAGAAGAGUAAAUCAUAGAGCUCAUGGAAUAAAUUUAACAUGAAAUACACAAUAAUUGCUCUCAAUCUAAGCAGUUCUAUUAGUAGCAGCAAAAGCAUAUAAGUGAUGUAAAUAAUUAACAUCAAAGUAAUUCUAUAAUUCCUCACUGCGAAAUACUAAUCCAUAAUUUAGUUAACUUUUUCAAAGAAGAUAUCAAGCUAAAGUAUAAGAAAGUUGUGCUCGAUUAAAAUGACUUCAAUAACAUCAUUUUAAGUUCUAUUCCUGAUAAGUUUCAGCUAUUUAACUGGCAAAGGGUUUACUCUUCUAAUAUCGAUGGUUAUUCUUAUUCAAGAUUUCUUAAGAAUAUACAAAGCUGUUGCCUCUGUCUUGUUGUAAUACAAGAUACUAAAAAUAAAAUGUUUGGAGCAUUUUCAAAUAGUGGAUUAAACCCUAAUAAAGGAUUCUUUGGUGAUGGAGAAUGUUUUGUUUUUUCUAUUCCUUAAUGUAUGGAUUAAUUAAAAAUCUAUAAAAGCACUUUGUAGAAUAAUUGCUAUAUCUGGAGUAGUAAGUAAGAAGGCUUUGGAUUUGGCUGUGGUUCAGGUGGUUAUUCCCUAUUUGUAAGCUCUAAUCUUUAAAAUGGUUCUUCUUACCCUUCAGAAACAUUCAAUAAUCCUACUUUAUCAUCUCAAAAUUAGUUUAGCAUCAAAAUGAUUGAAGUUUGGGGAGUGGAAGAAUACGAUGGGCAAUGA